AGUUUGACGGAUUACUCUGUGGCCGAGAGGUCUCUCCCUAAUCCCCCUUUGUGUCCCGGCUCGCAGCCCCGCGCUCGCUCUGACAAGCUGCUAAGCAGAAGGCUUCCCGUCCGAGUGAAGAAAAGGCGGCGCAGCAGGGCGGACGCUAAAUCCCCGGCCCUGGGCCCGGGGGCGGCCGGAGCUGGGCUGCAGGCGGUGGGGGAGGGCCUUCUCUCUGCCGCGGCUGCAGCCCCGGGCCUCCCGCUCUGCGGCUGUGUUCCGAGUAGAGCUCCCGCACGUCCUGGGGAGCCUGGGGGUCGUGGGCCUUGGCUUCUUAUGCAGAUCGCUCUUGCCGGUGGUCGGGUGGGGGUUGGGGAGCAGACCCUUGCUUCUUUGGAAGCACACUUGAGCCUGGAGAAUGCAGGCUGAGCGUGUGCUGGAAGACGUGGAAGCUGCGUGGAGCCUCGGCCCGCGUCCCCUUCUCCCUCGCUGCCCAGACAGGAGGAAUUCCCACAGCCCAGCGGCCCAGGCAGAGAGAUGUGUCAUGGUGCAGAGUUCACCACCUCUCAAGCGUGUUCAUCUCCCAUCUCCUGUCUGGCCAGCACGGGCUUUCUGGGGUGUCCUAAGGCUCCUGUGGAGAGCUCAUUUUGGGGGUGCAGGGGGCUAGGUGUUACGAGGUGGGACCAAGGGCACUGGCCCCUUGGGACUGAGGCAAGGGGCUGGAUGACCCUCCCCCCACCCCGAGAAGUUUUGGUGAGCUUCCAGAGCUAUUCCCUGCCCCUAGAGGAUCUGAGAGGGCAACGUGGGGUGCGGCCCUGGGGUCCAGUCUGGUGUGGAGGAAGCCGGGGUACCCUGUCCUGUGUGGUCUCGGGGCCUCUACCUGUGGGAUCCUCUGCACCUGCAGCCCCGGCCUGGUCUGGGGGGGUGUUAGGGAGCCUGGCGGGUGGUUGGUGACCCCACCCUUUUCUGCCGCUGAGUCUAACCCUAACCCUGCCUCCUCCCCGUUUCCUUCUCUGUGGGGAGGGGCUCCCUGGCCUCGUGAGAAGGCUCACACAGACCGCGCGGCGCGGGGCUCCGGGGUCAGGCCUGGGCUGGGGCCCUUUGAUGCCUGGGCGGGUGUAGGGGCGCCAGCCCGCAUAAAGAGGCCACAGAGCUGCCACCCGAGUGGCAGCUGCCCCGCUCCCUCGGCCUCUGUCGCCCGGAGGGGCCGCCUGCUACCCCAGCCCCACUUCGCCAGAGGGGUGGCAGGAGCCCCUUUGAACGGCCUUAAAGGCCUCUUUAUGCGUCCCUGGACACUCCCUUCCUGGAGGGGCCUUUCCCUGGCCUCCUCCAGCCCUCUGAGCUUUGGAGAGACAGUUCAGGCCAAGUUUGGCUCCUGUUGCUCAGUUGCACUUCCUAUACUCCCUGCUGAGGCCUCACCUGAGAGGGGCGAGGGAGACAGAUGGGCCCUCCAGCCGGGAGCUUCUGCCAUCCGCUCAGCACCCCUGGCUGAGCCCUUAGGAGCCGCCCUCUGGGGGUCGGGCUGGAGUCUCCUUGGGGUGUCUGGGCGUGGGGGCAGCACUUAGGUCCUGCCUGUCCCUUCCAACUCCCACCCUGGGCUGCUGUCAGAGUUAUUCUUUAGAUAAAUGUUUCCCAGGCUCCUUCUCUGCUAGAGUGGGUGCCGGAAAGCUGCACUGGCGCCUAUAGCCCGCUCUGAGCGUGUUGCACCCGGAGUUUUUGGGUAUCUGGAGCUGGGCAGGUAAAAUGCAGAUUCACCCUCCGUCUAAAGGGCUUGAGCUCUGCUCCCCCAGAUGGGAGGGAAGAUGGCUGGGGCAGAGCUCCCUAAAGCUUUCCAGAAGUCUUGGGGUUCCUUCAGCUUCCUUGCUGUCCCGUCAUCCAGGAUCUGCAAAGAGGAGGGGAAAUAGUUGGACCUUGAGAGGGACUUGUCCUCCUAUCAGUCUUCCUUUCCUGUCCACAGGGUCAGCCCCCUUUCCCUCGUCUUCCCGCCCCCUCCCCACCAGGUGAGCCCCUCUGGCUGGGCCUCCGUGUGCCGAGGGCUCCAGGAGCCCUGGGGAGGAGGACCUGAGUCAGAAGCGUCUCUGAGGCUGGAGGGUGGAGGCGUGGAGUGGACCCUGCUGCCCUGCCUGUGUCCCUGAGGACACAGGGGGCUCUGAGAGCAGAGGGACUCAGCGGGCGUCAUCACUUUCAAGCUUUAGGGAGAGGUGUUCCCUGGGAUGCAGAUGGGAGCAGGAGGCAGGAAGAGGGUGACAGACCGCUUCCUGGUCCCCUGCCUGUCCCAGCCUGGGCCCUAGGCUUCUCUGUGUCUAGAAGGCCCCGGGAGGACCACCGGUAACUAGAGUUGGUGCUGUGGGAGUCCUCUAGCUUCCUCCUCCUGAAGGCUGGGGUGGGGGUGAAAUGGGAGGCUGGGGCACUGGGGAACGGUAAGGAAAAGAAAGGAGGGCUUUGGAAGGGAGGGUGUUCUCGGGCUUGGGCGUCUCUCGGGCAGUUCCGGGCUGGGUAGAGUCUGGGGUGGCAGGAGUGCCCGGGAGAGGGAGGCCAGGCUCAGCACUCUGAGCACAGGAGCGGCAGGGCUGGGCCCACCCACCUCCUCCCCGGGAAUCCCUCAGCUGGCCCAGGCCCUGGUCCUGGGCACAGCACCUCUGGAGGGUGGAGAGAGGAGCCGGGCAUGGGAAGGAUUUAGUCCUCCUCAGUCCUGGCUGUGAGAAGCUGGACCAAAGGAGGGAGGGAGGCAGGGGUGGUGCCUGAUGGUUGCUAGAGAGCUGCAAUUUAUUCUAAACAACUGGGGCAAACCAGGGUUUGGGAAUGGGUGCCGGAUGUGGGUGAGGCUGGGUCUGAUAAAGUCUGUUUGCUCAGGGAGGACCUGGUCCCUUAAAGCCCAGGGCAGGGGAGUCUCCAGGGUGGGGAAUGGAAGGGGCUGGAAGCCUUUAGACCCAUAACCCUUCCCUCCAGGUCAGACGGCACUGCCCCCUGGUCUCCAUGGCUCCUUGCUUUCCUCCUGGGGUUGCCGUGGUAGUGCAGGGACUAGGGAGAACUGGAGCGGAACCCACAACCCCCAGCUAAGGGUGUUGUCUGGUCCCCCAACCCACUUUUGCGACCACGUGGGUCAAUGUUUUACAUUUCUCCCAUGCCACCCCCGUAGCAGUCCGUGUCUCUUUCCAAAGUGGAUGAUCUGGGUCUGAGUGGCUCUUGGAGGAGGAGGCUGCUGGUUGUCCAGCCUUGUGUGAAGUCCCUUUCUUCCUGGGCUACAAGUUGCACAAGCCCAGCAGGCAGUUCCGGGAUGGACACUUCUUAGCCAGGAUUGACUGCGUCUGAUUUCUUUGUGGUGCAGCGCAGACAGCACCUGCAGCAUGCUUUGUAACGCACAGCCCUGUGGGGCUUCGUGAUGUUAGAUAAGGAAGCAGAAGCACCAAGCUAUGAGACGCUGAGAUCGGAAGAGGGCACGGAUGAGGGCUGAGGGUGCUCCGGGAAUGCUCUCGGGUGGGGACGGGGGCUGGAGCCAGGCUCUCGGCCGGGAACCGUGCACUGCAGUAGUGCUUUUCAGCAGCGUUUGUGGCGCUGAGUCAGUGAGACUGGAGAAGGCACUCCAGGCUCCAGCCACGAGUGGCCUGAGGCUCUCUGUCCCCCCAUCUAUCCACCACGGGAUGAUGACAGGUUAGGGGACCAGGGCUCCCCUCUCUGCCUUCUCUGUGCAGCUGACUUGGUUUUCCCUCGUCUGUGGUCGCUUGUAAACAGAAUGGACUGCAGGGGGUGCCAUGGUCAGGAAGCAAGACCUAGAGGCCCACUGCCGGAGGGCUUGGGGACCAGCCUGGGUGCUUCCCUGCUGGGAUCUCUGAGCAGAAGGCCCAGUGGGAAGGGCUGCGGGGAUUUCUGGGCCAAGAGGGGAGCCGCCCUGGGGUCACUGGCGUCAUCACAGUGGCUGCCAGGUGGUGAGGCUGGGACCUGGGAGCAGCCCCCCUGUCCCCUGAUAGUUGGGCAGCUCACAUGGGAGUGCUUCUUCCCCGUGGCCACCGAGCAUGGAGAGAAACUGAAGAGGGGUUUUCAGGCCGAGGUUCUUCCAGUGCUUUUCAAAUGGUUUCAAUGACAGGCUCACACCCCACCGGAGAAACCACAGCCUUUUCUCUUCCCCUUGUCCUCCUCCUUGGGGUGGUAGUUUGGUGCAGCUUGGCUUGUGGCCAGGCAAUGUGAAAUAGGAAGUGUGACUCUUAACAAAGGGGAAUUGAACAGCCCUGCUUUGGGAAGUGGAGAGAGAAAAACAAACCGGGCCUCGCAGAGGGUCUCCAGGGGCACCUUGAUGACAGUGCCUGGGGAACUGGGAAUCCAGCUGGUUUCACUAUUUUUCCCCCCCUCCCUUCUAUACUAGGAAACAAGGGAAGUUGCAAAGAUAUUUCAAAACAGAAUUACUAACAUCUAGUAGUCCCUGGAGCGUACUGAGGUUUAAAAAUCAUAUUUACCUUAUUAAUUAGGUCAACCUUAGGCUAAUAUGAACAUGCACUUCCUGCCUGCACGGUAGGGGGUGGCUGCCGGGUGGCAGGGCCACGCCAUCAGCCCGGGAGUGAGCCAGAUUCAGAGCGAAUCCUAGAGCUUGGGUUCCCGGAACUUAAUGCUCUGUGUGUGGCUGUCCCUGCCCUUUUAGGAUCUGAGUGUUGGCAUCUGCCCCUGCCGAGGCCCCCGCAAUGACAGGCGGCUAGCAUGGCUGAGAAACCAGACCUGCACAGAGGGCCCGCAGGAGUGGGCUUCUGGCUGAGUCCUCGGCAGUCGGUGGCAGCCAGGAGGAGAGGCCUUGGCGUCCCCAGCAAGGCGGAGACGGAGCCGUUCUGGAGCGUGUGAGCGGGCCGGAGCCCCACCUGCCCGGUCCAGCAUGGUCCAGAGGCUGUGGGCAAGCCGCUUGCUGCGGCAUCGGAAGGCCCAGCUCCUGCUGGUCAACCUGCUGACCUUCGGCCUGGAGGUGUGCCUGGCAGCGGGGAUCACCUACGUGCCACCCCUGCUGCUGGAAGUGGGGGUGGAGGAGAAGUUCAUGACCAUGGUGCUGGGCAUCGGUCCGGUGCUGGGUUUGGUCUCGGUCCCGCUGCUUGGCUCAGCCAGUGACCACUGGCGCGGGCGCUAUGGCCGCCGGAGGCCCUUCAUCUGGGCCCUGUCCCUGGGCGUUCUGCUGAGCCUCUUCCUCAUCCCGAGGGCCAGCCGGCUGGCGGGGCUGCUGUGCCCGGACACCAGGCCUCUGGAGCUGGCGCUGCUGAUCCUGGGCGUGGGGCUGCUGGCCUUCUGCGGCCAGCUGUGCUUCACGCCCCUCGAGGCCCUGCUCUCCGACCUCUUCCGGGACCCGGACCACUGUCGCCAGGCCUUCUCCGUCUACGCCUUCAUGAUCGGCCUCGGGGGCUGCCUGGGCUACCUCCUGCCCGCCAUCGACUGGGACGCCAGCGCCCUGGCGCCCUACCUGGGCACCCAGGAGGAGUGCCUCUUUGGGCUGCUCGCUCUCAUCUUCCUCACCUGCGUGGCGGCCACGGCGUUUGUGGCCGAGGAGGCGGCCCUGGGCCCGGCUGAGCCUGCGGAAGGGCUCUCCGCCCCCUCGGUGCCGCCCUGCUGCCCAGGCCGCGCCCGCCUGGCCCUGCGGAGCCUGGGCGCCCUCUGUCCUCGGCUGCGCCGGCUCUGUUGCCGCAUGCCCCGCGCCCUGCGCCGGCUCUUCGUGGCAGAGCUGUGCAGCUGGAUGGCGUUCAUGACGUUCACGUUAUUUUACACAGACUUCGUGGGUGAGGGGCUGUACCAGGGCGUGCCCGGGGCUGAGCCAGGCACGGAGGCCCGCAGACACUAUGACGAAGGGAUCCGGAUGGGCAGCCUGGGGCUGUUCCUGCAGUGUGCCAUCUCCCUGCUCUUCUCCCUGGUCAUGGACCGGCUGGUACAGCGGUUUGGCACCCGGGCAGUCUACUUGGCCAGCGUGGUGGCCUUCCCCGUGGCGGCUGGUGCCACGUGCCUGUCCCGCAGCGUGGCGGUGGUGACCGCCUCAGCUGCCCUCACCGGCGUCACCUUCUCUGCCCUGCAGAUCCUGCCCUACACGCUCGCCUCCCUCUACCACCGCGAGAAGCAGGUUUUCCUGCCCAAGUACCGAGGAGACGACGGAGGCGGUGCCAGCGAGGACGUCGUGAUGACCAGCUUCUUGCCGAGCCCCAAGGCCGCAUCCCCCUCCCCCCACGGACACGGGGGGCCUGGUGGCCUGCUGGCAGCCCCGCCCGCUCUCUGCGGGGCCUCUCCCUGUGACGGCUCCGUGCGCACCGCGGUGGCUGAGCCGCCCGAGGCCAGGGCGGUCCCGGGCCGUGGCAUCUGCCUAGACCUGGCCAUUCUGGACAGCGCCUUCCUGCUGUCUCAGGUGGCUCCGUCUCUGUUUAUGGGCUUCAUCGUUCAGCUCAGCCAGUCCGUCACUGCCUACAUGGUCUCGGCGGCAGGCCUGGGUCUGGUUGCCAUUUACUUUGUCACACAGGUAGUAUUUGACAAGAGUGACUUGGCCAAAUACUCUGUGUAGGGUGCUCGCCAGGCAUGGAGGGCGGAGGGCCUGCCUCCCCGGUCCGGCUCUCCCUGCUCAGCCUCCUGGGGCCGGGGCUGGUCUUGCCCUUUCUGCUGCUGCCAAAGUGGUUGGUGUGGCUCUCCGCUGCCUCCCGGUGGCAGCGACGUGCUUCUUCCCUCUCAGCCCUAUGCCAGGCGGGCCGGCUGGCUUGGUUGCUCUUCAGAAGGCUUGUCUGGACUUCUCCAAGGGGAGAAGGGCAGGGCAUUUAAGUAGGUCCAUGCACUGGAAUGCGGGACUCUGCCUGGGGAUCGCCCAGGCUCAGGGUGGACAUCUGGGGUCCUGGUCAGGACACACCCAGUGAAGGGAUCGGGGUAAAUCCCAAAUUUGAGUAAAUGCAGCCGCCUGUUCUAGCACCAAGGGCCUUUAUCCUGCAGGUUCUCCCAUUGCCGCUCCUGCAUGGGAGUUUUCUACGGUGAGACUCUGCAGGAUUUGCAAGUACGGAAAGGACUUGGGGGGAGCACGAUCCUGAGUGGUGAAGGCAAGCUGCCCCGCCCUCCAGCACCCCCUUUCUGCUAUUCCCCCUCCCCUACACUUUAUUAGGACUUUGCUUGUUGGCCCCUGUGGUGCCAUCACAGGGACCCUGGUCUUUAAAUAUUUAACUUAUUUAUUUAAGUAGAAGGGGAAUCAAGGUGUCUAGGAGUUGGGUAGGAUAAGAUCCUCGGCGACUAGGUCCCCUGAGAUGGUUGGUUAUUGGGCUGAGGGUUGCCAGAAUCUCCUUCUCCUGGAGGGAUUGGUCUGGCCUCUAAACUGCCUAACCUUGAGCUUGCAAACUCCACUCAUCCCAACUGAUACCCCAGCUCCUGGUACCUGAGGUGGGGAGGGAUAGGGAAUGUGAAGGGUGGGGCUCCAGGUCUCAGCAGCCUCCCUAGAACCCCCCACCUCGUGACCCUGCCAGCCCCCAAACUCCCCACCCCCCCCUCUAGGACUGGGCCUCCAAGCCCACCUUUCCUCGCCCGCUCCACAGUCCCCUCUUUGGGGCUGUUGUGGGACCAGAAGCACAGAGUGUGGCUCUUUGAGCCUCUAUCCAUCUCAGCCCCCAGGGCAUAUCUGUGCUUAAGAACUCUAGUGCAGAAACUCAGGAGCACCCCCUGCCUGGGCUAAGGAGGUCUUAUCUCUCUGGGGGGUUUAAGUGCCGUUUGUAAUAAUGUCACGUCUUAUUUAUUUAGCGGAGUAAAUAUUUUAUGCUGUAUGUGAGCAAUCAGAGUAUAAUGUUUAUGGUGAUGAAAUUAAAGCCUUCUUCUAUGUUUCA